UCGCCCGGAAACUACCGCAGUGGCUGCCGGGAGAGGGCGGAAAGCCAGGAAGUAAACAUUGACGGAUUGACUUUGUUUCUGUCGGGUGGUGUUGGGCUGGAGGGGUCCAGAUAACCAUGUCAGCUGCAGCUGUGGAUGCAGUUAAUGCGGCCCCCCUGUCGGGGUCCAAAGAAAUGAGUCUGGAGGAACCAAAGAAGAUGACCAGAGAGGACUGGAGAAAGAAGAAGGAGCUAGAAGAACAGCGAAAACUGGGUAAUGCUCCAGCAGAAGUUGAUGAAGAAGGAAAAGACAUCAACCCUCAUAUACCUCAGUAUAUUUCUUCAGUGCCAUGGUAUAUUGAUCCAUCAAAAAGACCUACUUUAAAGCACCAGAGACCACAACCAGAGAAACAAAAGCAGUACAGCUCAUCUGGAGAAUGGUACAAGAGGGGUGUAAAAGAGAAUUCCAUAACUACUAAGUACCGCAAGGGAGCAUGUGAAAAUUGUGGGGCCAUGACACACAAAAAGAAAGACUGCUUUGAGAGACCUAGGCGAGUUGGAGCAAAAUUUACAGGUACUAAUAUAGCUCCAGAUGAACAUGUCCAGCCUCAGCUGAUGUUUGACUAUGAUGGGAAGAGGGAUCGGUGGAAUGGCUACAAUCCAGAGGAACACAUGAAAAUUGUGGAAGAAUAUGCCAAAGUUGAUCUGGCAAAACGAACACUGAAAGCCCAGAAACUCCAAGAAGAAUUAGCCUCAGGAAAAUUAGUGGAACAGGCUAAUUCUCCAAAACACCAGUGGGGAGAAGAGGAACCAAACUCUCAGACGGAAAAAGAUCAUAAUAGUGAAGAUGAGGAUGAAGAUAAAUAUGCAGAUGAUAUUGACAUGCCUGGACAGAACUUUGACUCUAAGAGACGAAUUACUGUCCGGAAUCUCAGGAUUCGAGAAGAUAUUGCAAAAUAUUUACGGAAUUUAGAUCCAAAUUCUGCUUACUAUGAUCCCAAAACUAGAGCGAUGAGAGAGAAUCCCUAUGCCAACGCAGGAAAGAAUCCAGAUGAAGUGAGCUAUGCAGGGGAUAACUUCGUUAGAUACACAGGAGAUACCAUUUCCAUGGCUCAGACACAGUUGUUUGCUUGGGAAGCCUAUGACAAGGGAUCUGAAGUGCAUCUGCAGGCUGAUCCUACAAAACUAGAGCUGUUGUACAAGUCCUUCAAAGUCAAAAAAGAAGACUUCAAAGAACAGCAGAAAGAGAGCAUCUUGGAAAAGUAUGGUGGCCAAGAACACUUGGAUGCCCCUCCAGCUGAAUUGCUUUUAGCUCAGACUGAAGAUUAUGUGGAGUAUUCAAGGCAUGGGACAGUCAUCAAAGGACAGGAGCGGGCUGUCGCCUGCUCUAAAUAUGAGGAGGACGUGAAGAUCCACAAUCACACACAUAUCUGGGGAUCUUACUGGAAAGAAGGCCGAUGGGGAUACAAAUGCUGUCACUCUUUUUUCAAGUAUUCCUAUUGCACCGGAGAAGCCGGCAAGGAGAUUGCUAAUUCAGAGGAAUGUAUUAUAAAUGAUAUAACCGGAGAAGAAUCUGUGAAAAAACCUCAGACCCUCAUGGAGAUGCAUCAGGAAAAACUAAAAGAAGAUAAGAAGAAGAAGAAGAAGAAGAAAAAGAAGCAUCGAAAGAGCAGUUCAGAUAGUGAUGAUGAAGAAAAGAAACACGAAAAAUUGAAAAAGGCACUGAAUGCAGAGGAGGCCCGCCUUCUUCAUGUCAAGGAGAUCAUGCAGAUUGAUGAGAGGAAGCGGCCUUACAAUAGCAUAUAUGAAACUCGGGAACCCACUGAAGAGGAAAUGGAGGCCUAUAGAAUGAAACGUCAGAGACCAGAUGACCCCAUGGCUUCCUUCCUUGGGCAGUAGUAACUAGUUAUAGACAGUCACCCAAGGUAGACACAGCUGAUACAUUGUUUUCAGCUUCUCGCUGAUGAUUGUAGGUGGAAAAACCCUUGCUGCCUACUUUAAUAAAGACUCCGGAAGUCUCAUAGCAAAUUCAUUUCUUUACACACUGAAGAAACAAAGAAGAAAAAGAGGAAGUACAUUAAGUGGUAUUAAGAUUUUAUUUCCAGUUUUAUAUUAGGUGAUGUGGAAAGAGGCCUUGGCUCUCUACCUAGCAAGAACAUCUUCUCAACAUUUAUUAAGUCUCAAACUUUAUUUCCUCAAUUCUUAUGGCCCUUUAUCUAGUGUUAGCACACAUUUUAAAGGCAGAUGAGUUACUCUUUCUCAAAAUCAGUUUCAUUUUUUCAAAUUACUAGUAACUAUAAUUGUAGUUAUUUGAGUAUCAUUUGUUUUUGCCUUCUAAGGUUUCCCUGGUUUAAAGCUAAAAAAAAUUACUCUAUGUUGGGUGUUGAGUUACUGAAAGGAAAUCUGUAGAACAUAUGAAUGACUUUAUCCCCCAUGUCAAUCUGUAUAGUAAUAAUUCUGUUUUCUACUUGGUUAUAAAAUUUUUAUUUUUAAAACAUUUCCUUGUACUUUACACCCAGAACUAAAUGGAUUAGCCUUUGAAUGGAAAAAAUAACUAUUUUGUCAUCUUUGAGUCACUGUUGAUUGAUCAGUACUAGGUCUUUUACCAUUCUGGACAUGAGCCUUUAGACACAGAAACUCUUUCCUCUAUCAUAGAGAAUAUGGUUUGUGAUACUAUUUGUUGUUUUAAUUGUGAUUGCCUUUAUGUAAUUAUCAUGAAUAUUAAAUUUUAAAAGAUUGUAGAAUAUCCAUUGUACCUAAUCUUUAUAGCAAGAAGGUGUCUUUUUGUAAAAAUUGCAGAAAGCAAACCCUGAAGUUGAAGGUUUCUUCAAAGAAUUAUAAGGAUAGCUUAUAGGGCUAUUAAUAACUGAGACUGCCAUGAUCCUCAGGCCUCUCCUAAGAACAUUGUGAAGAUGAUACAGUGAGAGUGGGAUCAAUGAAAACAGCCUGUUUCAAACACCUGACAUAAGUACAUUGGCUUUUAACAGCUCACUGGCUUCUAAGCUACCAAAACCCACUAGGAUACUGCAUUAAGUUACCAUCUAAGAAAUUGUGCUGGCGAGAGAGUAACAAAUUGUCAGGUACUAUGCACAUAGUAUCUAGAUUCAGACUAGUGCCAAAUUAAAACAGCAAUGCAAAUAAAGCUCAUUCUUACCUAUUUCAAGAAAGUCAGUGACUUAACGUUUUCAUAUUCCUACCUUAACAUGGGGUGGUUCAACAUAAAGUCUGACAUUGAUGUCUAUUUUGUAUUUUAUUUAUCUUUUGUUAAUAAAGAUAUAAUUGAGAAAACA